AUGGUGAUGCCUUUUAAACACAUUCAUAAGAAGAAACUGGUGGUCGUCGGUGAUGGAGAGGUGGGAAAGACAUGUCUUCUCGUGGUUUUCAGUAGAGAUAAGUUUCCCGACGAUUACAUCCCCACUGUUUUUGAAGCCUCGGUCACAGACUUUAUUUACAAAAGCAAACCGUCGGUUUGA